AAGAGUUUCCAUGGAAUAAGUUGGAUUAUCUUAUUUCUGUCAUGAAUAAUAAGGCAAUGAAUCGAUUGGAAGGACUUAUUUUUGCCUUGAAUCGUGUAAUCAUUUUAACACUAGUUAUUUAUCCAGCUAUUUUAUCAGGAUAUUUAAUUAGUACCAAUUCUAAUAUUACCAAAAUAGUAUUUGCAAUUUGUAUUCUAUCUUUGAGCAGAUUAAUUGAACAUUUUGUGGAUCAAGUUGGAAUCAAAAACAAAGAAGUGAUCAAUAGUGUAAAAAAUUCUCUAGAAAAUCAAGCAAAGGUGAUAUCGGUUGAAAUUAAUGAAACGAAAGAUGUAGUUAAUGCAUUAACUCGUCAGAUAAAAAUACUACAGGAAGAAAUUAAAGAAUUACAAGAAGAAAUUAGAAAAUUACAAGAAAACCAAAGAGAACCGCAAGAAGAAUUAAAAAUUGCGGCAACAUUAAAAGAGAUUAUAAAAAGACUAGAAACUGUUGUAGAAGCACUAAGAGAGAUUGUAAAAAGACUAGAAAUGAUUGUAGAAGCACAAGAAAACAAGAAAAAUC